CCGGAACUUUGAGCGCGAGCGGUCCCGCGCAGCGCAAGGUGCGUGAGCGCCACACAGAGAGACGAAGAUUAGGGUUUGACGAGAGCAGAAGCUGAAGCCUAAGGAAUGCAGGGCGCUCUGUAGCGAAGCCCAGGAGCGGGAGAUAUCGCCCCUUGUUUCGACAAUCCUUGAAAGCGGUGCACUAGCAGGAUCGCAAGCAUGGCGAAGAAAGGAAAGAAGGACUCAAAGCCUUUAACGGAGGAGGAGAAACUGGUCAGGCAAGAAAUGCUGGCUUUGCAAGCAGAGGAGGAGCGCAAGAAGCAGGAGGAAGAUGCAAAGAAACGGCUCAAGGAUAAGAAGGAGACGGAGGAGAAGUACGCCCGCAUCAAUGGCCUCAAGAUCCACACGCAGUGGCGCAAGUUCAUGCGGCAGGCCAAGGUGGACGAGCUGCGGCGCGACAUCGAGAUCCUGAGCCAGCAGCACGAGCGGGAGGUCGACCGCAAGGAUGCCAUCAUUCAGAUGCUGGACAAAGAUCUGGACGAUGCUGAGAGCCAGCACCAGACGGCCCUACGCGCGCACCUCCAAACCGUGGACGCAAUCAUCGAGCUGCAGUAUGAGCGGAUCAAGGCGUUGGAAGCGGAGUUCCAAAAGGCCCUGCAAGCGCUCUCAGACGAGUUUGACAGCGAAAAGGCGGAGAUCCAGAACAGCCACAACAAGCAGAAAAAGGAACUGCUGGAGAUGGCGGUGGCCAUGGAGGCCGAGUUCGAGGAGGCGGAGGGCGAGGCGCGACAAGAGUUUGAAUCUCAAAGAGAAGAGAUCAAGAAUCGCAACUCGGAAGAGUACAACGUCCUGAAAAUCAGCCUUGAGGGCGCAAUCGAGGAGCUCGAGCGAGAAUUCGAGCAAGCGCACCAGGCGUAUCUGGACAGCACGGAGAGCCGCACGCAGUCGUUCAAGGAGCUGACGGCCAAGGACGCGUCGAGCGCUAAGAUCAUUGAGCAGCGCAUGCGCAAGCUGAUCCGGCUGCACGAGCAGAUCGCGCAGUGGCGCACCAAGAUGGCGACCAGCAGUCGUGAGUGGGAGCAGCGGAACAAGGCGCUCAAGGACGAAAAGGACAUGAUGGUCAAACACUACCAGGAGCUCAAGUCGAAGAUGAACCGGAUGCGGCAGGCGGAGCACGAGCGGCUGAAGCAGCUGUCGCUGUACAGCGGGGAGGCGAUCAAGGAGCUGGAGCGGAAACUGGAGCAGGCGGAACGGAUACUCAAGCUAGCGGAACUCAACCGAAAGAUGGAGACGGAGCAAGAGAAGAUCCUACCGUUCGAUCCCACCCACGUGUCAACCAUCCCGAUACCCGCCGCCGACGAGCUCCUCGCCAGCGCAUCGCUCCAGGACGUUCGAGACGGAGGGUAUUCGGAUGCAGAGGCUCCAACCAGUCCGCUGAACGGAUUUGGAAGCGGAAGAGAAACGGAGGCCCUAGCUCAGGCCAUGCGGGACUUUGGAGGGGGCUUGAAUUCAGCGGACGGGGACUUCACGCGCGAAGAAAGCGAAGCGGCCCCCACGCUAUGCGCAUACGCAACCGACGAGAACGGGAAGCUCGUACCCGAGUGGCACUACCUAUCCAACUUUUUCAAGCGGUACAACAAAGUCAUUCUGGACAAAGCGGCUCUUGACAAAGAAAAGCGGCGGCUUUUGGAUGACAACGCAAAGCUCAAGUACGUACUGAAGCAGUACCUGGACGGGAUCACGGUCAACGGGGAGGUGCUCAAAGACCCGAAGAACCCGCUACUGGUAGUGAACAACCGGCGCCAGAACUUCAUGAAGACCGCCAGCAUGACCGCCGGUCUCGCGCCCAAGUCCGUCAACACGCUGCCCAUUCCGUCCGCCGAGCAGAGCCGGCGAAACACCGCGAUGAGCAGCCAGAAGAAGGGCGUCACCGUCUUACAAUACAACAUGCCGUCCUAGCAAUGGUCUGUCUUUCAGCGGGGAAAAACUUCAUCAACUUGCGGAACGGGUACGGGAAGGUUCUGCUAGACUAGCGAGGGCCGUCGCUGCGGUGAUGGGCCAAUCCAGGAGUCGGCCGAGCUGCCGAAGAAAACAACUGUUCUCCUAUAUUCAAUCUUAAUUGUACAAAAUGGUCUGAAAGAAUCCAAUGUAACAGGCUG